AUGUCUGCCAAAGUUCGAUCUCUCACCACGGUGUCGACCUACAGUCUCGCACACACCGCACAAUGUAAACUGAAACUCUCUGCGAAGCGUGGAGACCGCGACCUUCGAUUCAUCCUCGGCCAUGCCUUCACGCUAGACAACGUGAUGCUCCGGAUCAUGGAAAUUGAGAACCAGACAGCAAAAUCUUCGUUCCUGGAGGGAAAAGCGCCCGGCGAUGAUGGAAACGCCCACUAUGAUUGCACUGCCGCAAAACCAGUCGAGCCAGAGGAGCAUUACGAUUGUACCAAAGCGGCGCCACCUCCACCGCCGGAACCGGAAGAGCACUACGACUGCACCAAGCCCACACCGACCCCUGCAGAACCAGACUCCCGAGGGCGCAGGAUCAGCUUUCGGGACAACAAUGCUCGCCCGUCGAGGACCUCUGGCGUGGCAUCCAACAAUCGGGGUACUAAUUCACCGGCUCGUAGGCACUCUCCUCCACCAGUGUCCUUUUCCGCAAAACAAGACUAUCUCGAUGACUCGGACUCCGAGGGGACUUCCUCAGAUGAUUACGAUGAGCCAGACGCAUAUCAAUAUGACGGCGCAGCGGCCUCUGCAUCUGGCGAAGUAAAAGCUACCAAGCAACGCCCCGUGCAUGACGAAUACUCAGACGAAGAGGACGCAGCGCUGGAAUUCGCGGACGACGAGCUCGACCCACUCGGCGACAACAUGGGCGAUCUGUCCCUGACGCGCUUCGAAUCCGCAUCCGCCCGGCCACCGCGCAUGAUCCGCUCGACUUCUUCAUCGUCGGAUGAAGAUGAUGACGGUCCCCUGUCGCCUCCACAAUUACCUGCCGAUGUCGACGUGCGAGAGCUCAUGGAGGGCGAAAAGGAUGAGGAGCUGGAAGGCCUCUACGACGGCGUUAGACGCUGUCGCUGCCACGGCCAACGAGAGGACCACGAGAUCGCCGCCAAACCGCAGGGUAUUUGGGAUAUUCCCUCCGAGAAGUCUGGGGGCAAGAGAUUGGCAGUCGUGGCCGUUGCUGCGUGA